UGCCGCACUCGGGCGUACUCGGCAGCCGUUCGGCCUCCCCCAUCCCCCGGUAACGGUCGCUGCUGAGUUUAAAUGAGCCGGGGCUGGGCCGGGCCGGAGCCGCUACGGGGGGGCCUGAGGCGCGACGGAGAGCGGGCCUGAGCCUUGAGAAUGACGGUGCUGCAGGAACCCGUCCAGGCUGCUAUAUGGCAAGCACUAAACCACUAUGCUUUCCGAGAUGCAGUUUUCCUUGCAGAAAGACUGUAUGCCGAAGUACACUCAGAAGAAGCAUUGUUUUUACUGGCAACCUGUUAUUAUCGCUCAGGAAAGGCAUAUAAAGCAUACAGACUCUUGAAGGGACACAGUUGUACUACCCCACAGUGUAAAUAUCUACUUGCAAAAUGUUGCGUCGACCUCAGCAAGCUUGCUGAGGGGGAACAGAUCUUAUCUGGUGGAGUUUUAAAUAAGCAGAAAAGCCAUGAUGAUAUUGUUACAGAGUUUGGUGAUUCAGCUUGCUUCACACUUUCGUUGUUGGGACAUGUAUAUUGCAAGACAGAUCGACUUGCCAAAGGAUCAGAAUGUUACCAAAAGAGCCUUAGUUUAAAUCCUUUCCUCUGGUCCCCUUUUGAAUCAUUAUGUGAAAUAGGUGAAAAGCCAGAUCCUGACCAAACAUUUAAAUUAACGUCAUUACAAAACUUUAGCAGCUGUCUGCCCAACACUUGCACAACCCUAGUAUCUAAUCACAAUUUAUAUCACAGACAGCCUGAGACAGUUCUGAUGGAAACACCCCAAGAUACAAUUGAAUUAAACAGACUGAAUUUAGAAUCCUCCAAUUCAAAAUACUCCUUGAACACAGAUUCUUCAGUGUCUUAUAUUGAUUCAGCUGUAAUUUCACCAGACACUGUCCCCCUUGGAACAGGAACUACCAUACUGUCUAAACAGGCUCAAAAUAAACCAAAAACUGGGCGGAGUUUAUUAGGAGGACCAGGCGCUCUUAGCCCUUUAACUCCAAGUUUUGGGAUACUGCCACUAGAAACUCCAAGUCCUGGAGAUGGAUCAUAUCUACAAAACUACACUAACUCGUCUUCUGUAAUUGACGUGCCAUCCACAGGAGCCCCCUCAAAGAAGUCUGUUGGCAGAAUCAGCCAAGCUGGAACAAAGUCUGUCUUCUCACAGAGUGGAAAUAGUCGAGAGGUAACUCCAAUCCUUGUUGCACAAACACAAAGUUCUGGCCCACAGACAAGUACAACACCUCAGGUAUUGAGCCCCACUAUUGCUGCUCCACCCAAUGCACUGCCUCGAAGAAGUUCACGACUUUUUACUAGUGACAGCUCUACAACCAAGGAGAAUAGUAAAAAGUUAAAAAUGAAGUUUCCACCUAAAAUUCCAAACAGGAAAACAAAAAGCAAGACUAAUAAAGGAGGAAUAACUCAACCAAACAUAAAUGAUAGCCUGGAAAUUACAAAAUUGGACUCUUCUAUCAUUUCAGAAGGAAAAAUAUCCACCGUAACACCACAGAUCCAAGCUUUCACUAUUCAGAAAGCAGCAGCAGAAGGUUUGAUGAGCCUUCUUCGUGAUAUGGGGAAAGGUUACUUAGCUUUGUGUUCCUAUAACUGCAAAGAAGCGAUAAACAUACUGAGCCACCUCCCUUCUCACCACUAUAACACUGGUUGGGUCCUGUGCCAGAUUGGAAGAGCAUACUUUGAACUGUCAGAAUAUAUGCAGGCAGAACGAAUAUUCUCAGAAGUGAGACGGAUUGAAAAUUACCGAGUAGAAGGCCUGGAGAUCUAUUCAACAACACUUUGGCAUCUUCAAAAAGAUGUUGCUCUUUCAGUUCUUUCAAAGGACUUAACUGACAUGGAUAAAAAUUCACCUGAGGCCUGGUGUGCUGCAGGAAACUGUUUCAGUUUGCAAAGGGAGCAUGAUAUCGCGAUUAAAUUCUUCCAGAGAGCUAUCCAAGUUGAUCCAAAUUACGCUUAUGCCUAUACACUGUUGGGGCAUGAAUUCGUGUUAACUGAAGAACUAGAUAAAGCAUUAGCCUGUUUUAGAAAUGCAAUCAGAGUCAAUCCUAGACAUUAUAAUGCAUGGUAUGGGUUGGGAAUGAUUUAUUACAAACAAGAAAAAUUCAGCCUUGCAGAAAUGCAUUUCCAAAAAGCACUUGAUAUAAACCCUCAAAGUUCAGUUCUUCUUUGUCAUAUUGGAGUUGUUCAGCACGCACUAAAAAAAUCUGAAAAGGCUUUGGACACCUUAAACAAAGCUAUUAUUAUUGAUCCCAAGAACCCUCUAUGCAAAUUCCACAGAGCCUCGGUUUUAUUUGCCAAUGAAAAAUAUAAGUCUGCUUUACAGGAACUUGAAGAAUUGAAACAGAUUGUUCCCAAAGAAUCUCUCGUUUACUUCUUAAUAGGAAAGGUUUACAAGAAGCUAGGUCAAACUCAUCUGGCUCUGAUGAAUUUCUCCUGGGCAAUGGAUUUAGACCCUAAAGGGGCUAACAACCAGAUUAAAGAAGCAAUUGACAAGCGUUACCUCCCAGAUGAUGAGGAACCCAUAACUCAAGAAGAACAGAUCAGUGAGUGUUAUCCAUAUGAAUCAGUGGGAACAGAUGAAUCCCAAGAGAGCAGCAUGACAGACGCAGAUGACACACAACUCCACGCAGCAGAAAGUGAUGAAUUUUAACUUCUGGAAGCCAAACAUUUGCACCUGGAUGUGUGACUAGUGCUGUUAUUUUUUCUUGUCCCUCCAUGUUCUGAGUCUUCACAUCUUGAGCCAGCAUUGUCAUUGUCCAUCACUUACACCAGGAGUGUGCUAUUUUCAACGGACCCAGACUGUACAUGGAAUGUAUGAAUGGCAGUGCAAUAUUCACGUGCUACCAAGACUGGCUCUUUCACCUAUACAAACACAACAGUUUGUGGGGGAAAGACUAUUUUUCUUUUGUCGUUUUUGUUUGUUUUUUUUUAAUUCUAAUUUUUUUUUUUAAAGCCUCCCUUUGUUGGAAAGCUAUCAUGUAAGGAAGAGUUGUGUUUUGCCCUAAGGGAAAUAGUGAUGAACCAGAAUUCUUUGAUCUUUCUCCAGAAACUUGUCUUAAUUUAGUUGUGUUCUUGGUAAGUGGAGUGACUGACCUUCAUUUUCCAGGUUCUUCAAGGAUGGUGUUGGCAAGUGCUAGAUGGAACAAUAAAAGACAUUGCCUAUUACAGAGUAACUUGAAUGCCAAGGAAUGUAAAUUACCUUAAAGUUACAGUGUCUCCUAUAAACAAAUAUGGGCAUAAUCCAGACACCUGUGCGUGUAAGAAUAAAAUGUCCCUCCAUACAGUGUAAACUUGCUCUUGGUAAGAGGAGAAUGUCCCAGAACAGCAGCUUUUACAAAAUGUUUUUAUACCUAACCAAGAGUUUUCAAUUUUUUCACCUAGCUUCAAAGUAUCAAUCACUGUUGUUUUGGUAUUACAGAUUAAAAAGUUGGUUGUCACCUCUUAAGCCCUGUGGGAUCACCUUUAACAUUCAGAGAUAGGGUAGUUGCCUAUUAAAAGAUCAAACCAAGUCCCCUAAUAGGAAAUAAAAUUCAUAAUAAUAAACAGUAUACAAACACUAAAUCAAUCUAGAAUCUAAGGGAUCAUGACAGUGGAAGCCUUAAUAUAAUUAGAACCUUUACCAUCAACUUGAAUCUAUAUUGUUCAAGACAGUAUCCUUUCAACUUUUAUAAGUGUUGUUUAAGCAGGAUGCAAGAAUGUGCAAUUAAUUUUGGGUUGUGGUAGUAUCCAUUUUUAAGGUUCUCUGCUUCUAAUUCAUUUUCAGUGGCAUAGGUCACCAAGACGUCAGUUUGGAGUAGGUUAGAUUUAGGCCACUAGAAAUUUUUAGUUGAAACAAACAUAAGCCGAAUGAAGGGGGCAGAAGUUCUCGCCUGUGUCAAAGUAAUGUACAGCAAUUUAGGUUGAUGGUGUCCUUGGGGAAUGGAUAUUAGUUUAUGAUAUUACAGGAUUUUAAAGAGCCAAUUAUGCACAAUAAAUUGGGAAUGAUUGAAAUUUCACAACACCCUAUUUAAGUAGUCUUUAAACAUGUGUUCCUCCUUUAUUUUAAUGUAUGUAAUUUUUAGGGGACCUUUAGUUAUUAACAUUUUUUAAUUUAGUGCCAUUGUCAUAGUGUAUAUCAAAUGACAAUUUCUUAAUGACAGGAGUAGAUACAGUUUGGGGUCAUUUUGAUGAAGGAGAAACUUAUCAACCAUUGACUUGUACUUGCUAACAAAGCUGUGAAAAUUAGGUGGAUUAUAGGAGAUAUGAAAAUUUUUUAAUCUAUGGAUUUAUUAAUGUUAGAAUUCGAGUAGACUUUUCAUUCACUGUUUGUCUGCUCUUUUAAACAUGCACUAAAUCCUAUUGCCAAUUAAUGCAAGUCAGAGUACUAGAUAAAGGUGUUUGGUGCCAGAGAGGUAUUUCAUCAAAUUUUUCUACUUGAUCCAUAUAUAAGCAUAAGCUUCUUGAGAAAAUUGAUGAGGAAACCCAGAUUGAAUGAAAGGAGCACCACUGAAAUUUCCCAAGGGCUGCUGUUUGGAUUUCUAGCAGAGUAUUGCAUUUUGUUAUCCACUUGUAAUUCUGUAGCAUUUAAAUUUAGUUUAGGUUUUUCCCCCUAUUGCCCAGCCUUAAACCAUCUAUCUCAUCUAGUAUUUCAUAGAAAGUUUUGAAUAGGGGUAUUGUUGCAAAACCCCACACUGUACUGUUUGGAGAAAGUGAAGUUAGUAACAUUAUUUUCUAAACUACAAUUGGAUACCUUUCUGUACUGGAAGUUUAUAUCCACUACACCAAAGGUAGAAAUCUUUCUGGUGCUAGUCCAUUGGAGAUGAGUGGAAAAUGGUCAUUGUCAAGGGCAUACCAUGACUGUGGAAGGGAAUCCAUCAAUUUUGUUGGGAUCAAUCUUAAUUUCUUUCUUCCUUAAGCCAGUUUUCAAAGCCAUUUCAUUCUAUGGAGCUUUUCCCCACCCAGCAACAGUUUCUAAUUCUUUCCCUUACCCUAGUUCCCUUCCUCCUUCAAAUAAUAGGUAGAAAAGGAAGUUAUGAAAAAAAACCCAAAGAAGAAACUCAUUUUUAUUGAACAAAAAGUUGUUUCAAACAACUAUAGUUCAUUUAGAAGAAAUUUUUUAAACUAAAUUACUAAGUAUAACUUAACAGUUUCCUUUUUUUCUGUUAUAUGUAUUUUUAAUUUUGUUCAGAAGUUACAAGUUGUUACAUUGGAAUUCAGUUUUGAAAAAUUGCCUUGGAAAGGGUUCUUAAACCCAGGAAUUUUAGAAGGGUAGGAAUUCUUCUAAAGUGGAUGUGGUACUCAAUAAUGAAAGAUGGUCCCUGCUUUCUCCAUACUUCAUUACUUAAGAAAUUUUAUUUUUUCCAAGAGCUAAACGUAACCUUUGAACCAUGCUGCUGUUGUACCUUAAACAAAAAAACUCGGUGAUAACCAGUAUUUAGUCUGUUAAAAACACUUUGAAGAAAAUAGUUUGGAGGUCUCUGAUCUGGAGCAUAGUAUGGGUAUUCACUGAGGAAUAAGGUGACUCAUUUUCUUAAUACAAAACAUGACAACAUG